UACUAGGAGGGCUAAUAACUACUAGGAUAGAUAGCAAUUGCGUUUGUGUUUGUUGAGGUUACUUUCAACAUCUUUAAAAAAGGCCACAUAUUCCUUUCACUAAGCAAAACCUUUAGUUAAUAACCAUACCUACUAAAACUCAAGGACACAUAUCGUGUCGUAAUCUUACACAAAGCUAGAAGAAAAUACAAUUUUGCAGAAAAUUAAAUCUUCUAUAAAAUUUAUAUAUUUACUUAUUCUGAAAAAGCAAUGUUUAUUUAAUCAUAAUUUUUUUUAUAUAUAUAUAAAGAAAUUAUGGGUAGGGGAAAGGUAGAGCUGAAGAGGAUUGAGAAUAAAAUAAAUCGUCAAGUAACAUUUGCAAAGAGAAGAAAUGGGUUGCUCAAGAAAGCUUAUGAACUCUCUGUCCUUUGUGAUGCUGAGGUUGCUCUUAUUAUUUUCUCCAACCGUGGAAAGCUCUAUGAGUUCUGCAGUGGUUCUAGCUAUUUGUUUUAGUAUGGCCAAGACACUUGAACGCUAUCAAAGAAGUAGUUAUGGAGCCUUGGAAGUACACCACCCACAAGAACAUGAGACACAGAGGCGCUAUCAAGAGUAUCUCAAGCUAAAAUCAAAAGUUGAGACACUACAGCAAACACAGAGAAACAUUCUUGGGGAAAAGUUGGAGCACUUAGAUAUUAACGAGCUUGAGCAGCUAGAAAGUCAGUUAGAUUCUUCUUUGCGACAAAUCAGGUGGAAGAAGACACAACAAAUGCUUGAUCAACUAUCGGAUUUGCAAAGAAAGGAAGAGAUGCUACUGGAAACUAAUAAUAUCCUGAGGAACAAGUUGGAAGAGAUUAAUGUGGCCCUUCAACCAACAUGGGAAGCUAGGGAGCAAAAUGCUCACUACAGUUGCCACCCUCCUCAAUCAGAGGAAUACUAUGAGAAAGCACAUAGCAAUACAUUGCAAAUUGGCUGCAAUUCUUCAGGGUUAAAUGAAUCGAGAGAAGUUAUAGGAUCCUCAGCUCAUAAUGUCAGUGACUUCAUGCAUGGAUGGAUGACCUAAAUUUAUACUUAAUUAUUUUAAUCCAUGAUUCUAAUAAAUGGAAGUUUUUAUUAUGCCUAUAUAAGAAAAGGCUAUAAUAUACAUAUCAUAGGUGUCAUGCAAAGUAAAACAUUCAAAAGAUUUGCUUUAUAUU